ACCUGAUUCAUUGAUCCGAAAGAUAGUGAUUAAUAAUAUACAUAGACGAUAAUGGCUGCACCUACUGCUAUUAAGACCCCGAUCAGCUCAUCGAAGCCAAUACAGAAUAAUGAAGAAGGGGAAGAAGAGAUGUUAAUAGAUGCUUCCAAUGUUCCAAGUUCCAGUAAUAAAGCUGAAUCAACUGAAGAAACUCCAGCUGACAACGAAAAUAAGGAUACCCCCGGUAUGGUGUUGGAUGAAAACGGGAAACCAAAAUUUGCUGCAGCAUCACAAGCAGGUAUGAAAGUUAAAUUAGAAAGUAGAAAAGUACCAGUGCCACCUCACAGAAUGACUCCUCUUAAGAAUACUUGGAUCAAGAUCUAUCCACCAUUAGUUGACCAUUUAAAGUUACAAGUUAGAAUGAAUUUAAAGACUAAGACCGUUGAAUUAAGAACCAAUAAAAACACCACCGAUCAAGGGGCUUUACAGAAGGGAGCUGAUUUCUUGAAAGCUUUUACUUUGGGUUUUGAUGUUGAUGAUGCCAUUGCCUUGUUAAGAUUGGAUGAUUUAUAUAUUGAAACUUUUGAAAUCAAAGAUGUUAAGACUUUAACUGGUGACCAUUUGGCAAGAGCCAUCGGUAGAAUUGCUGGUAAAGACGGUAAGACAAAGUUUGCUAUUGAAAAUGCAACCAGAACUAGAAUUGUUUUGGCUGAUUCAAAAAUUCAUAUUUUAGGUGGGUUCACCCAUAUAAGAAUGGCAAGAGAAGCCGUUGUUUCCUUAAUUUUAGGUUCUCCUCCUGGUAAAGUUUAUGGUAAUUUACGUACUGUUGCAUCAAGAAUGAAGGAACGUUAUUAAAUUUUGUUUCUUUAUCUACAUCUUUUCUAUAUAAGGUUAUCUGUACAUUAAUAAAAAAUUUUUAAUUCG